AUGACCGGCGGCGGAUCGUCGGGGAGGUUACCGACAUGGAAAGAGAGAGAAAACAAUAAGAGAAGAGAGAGAAGACGAAGAGCUAUUGCUGCUAAGAUCUAUUCAGGUCUUCGAGCUCAAGGUAACUUCAAGCUUCCUAAACACUGUGAUAACAACGAGGUUUUGAAAGCUCUUUGUUCUGAAGCUGGAUGGAUCGUUGAAGAAGAUGGAACUACUUAUCGAAAGGGAAGUAAGAGACCACUGCCAAAUGAGAUUGGAGGAACUCCGCCGAAUAUGAGUGCUUGUUCUUCGAUUCAACCUAGUCCACAAUCUUCUUCGUUUCCGAGUCCACAAUCCUCUUCGUUUCCGAGUCCAAUACCAUCCUACCAUGCAAGUCCAACUUCGUCGUCUUUCCCGAGUCCAACUCGAAUGGAUGGAAUUACAAACCACUCUUCCUUUCUCUUACCAUUCAUUCGCAACAUAACUUCUAUCCCUACAAAUCUUCCACCCCUUAGGAUUUCCAACAGUGCUCCGGUUACUCCACCUCUUUCUUCUCCAAGAAGUUCGAAGAGAAAAGCAGAUUUCGAAUCCCUCUCUAAUGGUUCUUUUAACUCCUCAUUUCGCCAUCCUCUUUUCGCUACCUCUGCACCGUCAAGCCCCUCGCGUCGUAACCACUUACCCCCAUCCACCAUUCCGGAAUGUGAUGAGUCAGAUGUUUCAACAGUGGACUCUGGUCGAUGGGUUAGUUUUCAGACAACUGCCCAUGGUGCAGCUCCUCCUUCCCCUACUUUUAAUCUCAUGAAACCAGUAAUGCAGAAGAUUACUCCACAGGGUUCGAUGGAUAUGAUUCAUAUGAAUGAAGGCAUGCAAUGGACUUCAGGUUCAGCCGCUGAGAGAUGUAGAGGCUCAGAUUUUGACUUUGAGAAUGGAAGAGUCGUGAAGCCGUGGGAAGGGGAGAGAAUUCACGAGGUAGGAAUGGAUGAAUUGGACCUUACUCUGGGGUUUGGUAAGGCUUGA